UAUGAGCUCAAUGCGUGAAACAAAACGCACCCAUACACAUACUUGGAAUAUGUAUAUGAGUAUCCGUUUAAUGGUGUUCUGCGUAACUUCAGUUUGACCUGACCCACGUGCUCGAACGAAAACAUAAUAUCAGUGUAGCUUGAUUAUCCUCAAAAAUAAGGUGUUAUGUAGAACCAUCGUGUUACUUUGUUCUAAAAAUGGUUCGAGAGGAUUCGAAAUUUCUAGAUAUUCCAGGUAGGGAUAACGAUCUAUUUGAUUUGCUGGUAGACAAUGACGAGUUGAUUAUGAUCACCGAUACAAGUAACGAGAACUUCAACGAAACCUUCGACAACGAUGCAUCUACAUCGGCAGUUUCUGAAGGUGCAUCAACAUCCUGGCAACAUCAGGGCAACGAUGAAGAUGAGGAGGACAAACAAAAUGAACUAGUCCAAGCCAUAUUACAAGCGCAGCAGAUACCCAGGAACCAUCCACCGCCUAUCAUACUUGAGGAUACAGUAAUGGACAUAUGUUUCAACCCUGAAUCGGACACUAUAGCUGUAGCCAGCGUCACGGGGGACAUAUUUCUAUACAAAUAUAGCUGUGAAGAAACUAGUCUUAUAUCGACCAUCGAGAUACACCUCAAGGCCUGCCGGGAUGUAGAGUUCAGCAAUGAUGGACGAUCCCUAUUCUCGACUGGAAAAGACCUGUGUAUAGCAAUGACUGACAUGGAAACUGAGAAACUGAUCAGGUUAUACGAGAAAGCCCACGAGCAGCCUAUAUACUCAAUGACGAUAAUUAACGAGAAUGUGUUCGCGACGGGCGACGAUGACGGCGUGGUAAAACUGUGGGAUCUUAGGCGGAGGGAAACCGAACCGGUAUUUUCUAUAAAGAAGGUCGAGGAUCACAUCAGUGCAAUGAUAACGAACAGAGAGGCCAAAUAUCUAGUUUGCGCCAGUGGCGACGGUUGUCUGACGACUAUAAAUAUACCAGAAAGACAAAUGCACGUACAGUCUGAAGAGUACGACGAUGAAUUCACGUGUCUCGGUUUGUUCAAAUCUGAACGCAAGCUGUUGUCGGCCAGCAACAUGGGGAAAAUGUACGUUUUCAAUUGGGGGGAGUUCGGGCUACACUCAGACGAGUUCCCAAGUGCCACAAAGAAGGCUAUAAACUGCAUGGUCCCCAUCACGGAAAACAUUGUGAUAACCGGUGGUGAAGAUGGAAUACUUAGGGCGACCAGUCUAUUCCCUCAUCUCCAGCUCGGCAUAGUAGGGCAACACAAUUUCUCUGUCGAAGUACUCGAUAUCAGUAACGACGGUACCUUGGUGGCAUCCGCCUCGCACGAUAAUGACAUUAAAUUUUGGAAUGUACAGUACUUCGAAACUUUAGACGUCACCGAGACGGUGAAGGGUGGCAGACGAGAACAGCUCGCGCACAAUCUUCCGAGUAGUGAAGUCAAUAACCGAGCCGAUUUCUUCGCGGAAUUGUAAUUUAUCACAAAUCAUUUUAUAGGUGUAAAUUACACUGCUAUGUAAUUUACACACGUGGAAUUGUAAUUUCUGUCACGAAUAAUUUUAUAUACGAUAGGAUCGUGGAAAUUACACUAAUAUGUAAUUUACACUAACCAAUCGACGAAACAUUGCAAUCAUUCCUUCGCACCGUUUAAAAAUAAAGGUUAUAAUAAUAAUAAUAAUAUAAUAUAAAACGUGUGCAUUUUAUAACAUAGUUGUAAUAUUACACGGAUUUACGUGCGAUAUGAAUAAAAUAUUCAUACAUAAUACUUCACAUCUCAAAUAAAUGAAUAUCUACAAGGUAGAUUCUGCAAGG